CAUGUGUUUCAGCUUUGUGGCUCGGCUAUCUGCGCUUUGCUUGCAGGUCUCUCACUUGUUGCAGCUGCAUCAAACAAACUCUGUUCCCACAUGGGAGAAAAAUCGAUAGCCUACCGCUUUGCUUUGACCUUGAACAGAGCCGAAAUCUUCGCUAUGAUUUGAGCCUGACAGACAGAUUUGAAAGCUUUUUGGUGAUUUACUUUAUUUUAUUUAUAAUAUUCCAUUUGGCACUUAUGUAUCCCGUCCCGCAUUUCUUUCAGUGGACAGCCUAAUUGAGUCUGAGUACGGGAGGGGGUUUUAAUGAUGUAAAACAAUGAGGCUGGAGUCAGUGCGGGUAAGUUGAAGCAGUGUAACUGUAAAGGGAUACUUCGGCUCCCCACCAGCAGGCUGUUGUGCAGAGCGGCUGUGCGCGUCUCAUUAACAGGAUCACUUUACAACCAGUCAAACAAAUAGGUCAUUAUCCAUCACAGCCCGCUCUGGCUACACGGGUCCACAAACACACACGUUUUAUGUCUCAUCACAUUCAAACGAUAUCGUUACCAGCCUGUUUUUAAAUCAUCUGGCUUGAUGAGACUAAAAGUUUAUAUUUUCAAUUCGGCUUUUAAUAUAAAUUCCAAACGUUAAUAGACGAGCAAACGCACAACACCAAUCGCGGUUUAAAUUCAUUUUUCAUUUCUUGUGAUGUUUUAAACAGCUUUUCCAACUGUGGACACCAAUUGGAAAUUAAUCUAUAAUAUUAAAAAACUCGUUAUCCGUAUAAACAAAUGUAAUUGUAGGUUUUCUCUUUGAAAAGCACUCUACAUCGUGAUAAUAUCAUCAUAUAAUUAACAUCACACCAUCAAUUUAGAAAAUACAGGUAAAGUUUAAGCCUUUAGCAAACUUAUUACGUUAUAAAACAUCCCUGUAAACUUCCUCUUAUAAUUCAGCCUCCAACACAUUUACAGCUAUAGUAUCCACUCCAAUCCCAUAUCAACCAGGGUCCUUCAGGGUGGCGGUGGUCCCGCUUUUGGCCACCUGCCCCGCGACACCUGGUAAACGAUACGGUCUCUCUGCGCGUGCGUAAUGGCCGGCCAAAAAUCCCAACGCAGUCUCGCCUGUCAACCAAUAGUGUUGCAAUCUGUCCAGAGAUAAAGACAGAGCAGCGUGGAGAAGAGUGAAGUGGAGGAUUUCAGAGCCGAGUAGCACCGAAACACCGACUGAAGGAGAUUUAAAACAACAUGCCGAGGUCUUUCCUGGUGAAGAGUAAAAGGGCCCACAGCUACCACCAGCCCCGGUACCUGGACGAUGACUACAAUCGACUGGACACUAUUCUGGCACACGUUUGCGCAGAGACAAAAUCUCAGGCGGAGUUUGAGCCGCAGGAGGAUGUGAACGCCGGCGCUGACAGACUGUCCCCCGGAUCCAGGCUGCUGUCCCCGGGGUCGCUGUCCUCCAGCUCCCCGCUGAGCUGCGGAGGCAGCAUAUGUGGCCGAUCCUCCGACUGUGAUUUCUGGCGUCCCCCGUCUCCCUCCUCCUCACCAGAUUCAGAGAAAUGCUCCACUCCAGCAGCGGAGGACGGCCACCACUUCAACACCCCGCUCUUUCCUUACUCCUGGACGGCGUACUCCGGCUCGGAGCUGAGGCAUCUGGUCCAGGGGCCAUAUCAUCGCCACCUCCAGGGCCACAGGGAGCCUCACUCACCCGUCAGCAUCUACGGUGCAGAGGACAGUGGCGCAGAGCCGCUUUACGCACAGCGGGGCCCGGUGACGGCAUGCUACCAGGACUUUUCUUCAACGGCCCAGAAAAUGUGCAGAAUGCAGGAUGGAGACGAGCUGUGUGUGGAUGUAAAGCAGAAGCUCCGCGGUGCGGAAAUCAAGUCGGAAAAUGACUUUAUUUGCUCUAACAUCGAGUCCAGUGGAUCAUAUAAGUGCAUUAAAUGUUGCAAGGUGUUCUCCACGCCUCACGGGUUGGAGGUUCACGUGCGGCGGUCUCACAGCGGGACGAGGCCGUUUGAGUGCGGGAUCUGCGGGAAAACCUUCGGACACGCAGUGAGCCUGGAUCAGCACAGGGCGGUUCACUCGCAGGAGAGGAGCUUCAGCUGUAAAAUCUGCGGCAAAAGCUUCAAGCGCUCCUCCACGCUGUCCACGCACCUGCUCAUCCACUCAGACACGCGGCCUUAUCCUUGCCAGUACUGCGGGAAGAGGUUCCACCAAAAGUCAGACAUGAAGAAACACACUUUCAUCCACACAGGUGAGAAGCCGCACAAGUGUCAGGUGUGCGGGAAGGCCUUCAGUCAGAGCUCCAACCUCAUCACGCACAGCAGGAAACACACAGGCUUCAAACCUUUCGGCUGCGACCUCUGCGGGAAAGGUUUCCAGAGGAAAGUGGACCUGAGGAGACACAAGGAGACGCAGCACGGACUCAAAUGAGCAGACUUCGAUGCUUUCGCAUGAAAUCCUGCACUUUUAAUGUAAUCUGACUAUACAUAUGGUCGUGUUUUAUUUUUAUUCUAUUGUUUGUUGCAUUGGCCUUCUUUUUUUCCCUAUUGAAUGUAGUUCAUUAUUUAGCCUGAGAUAUUCUGGUUGAUUUUAUGGAAAUAAAAGUUUAUUUAUCGAG